AUAAGAUAAUUACUUAUUAUUAUAUAAUCAAAAUAAAAAAAAAUCUAAAAUACCAACCCAAAAUUCCGAAAUCCACCCCCCUCCUGCAUAGAUUUGGAAAUAUAUAUCCCCCUCUGAUCUAGUUGGGAUAUGCCGCUAUCUACAAAUCACACGUGGCAAAAUCACAGCCUUUAGUUUAACUUACCAUCUUGAGUCAAACCUCAUUUCCCGUAUUCUGAGAGAUAACAAAACAGAAAAGAGAGCAGAGAGCUGGGAACUUCAUUUCUCCAUCAAAAUCUCUUGACAAAAUGAGCAUCUCUUCACUAACCAGUGCGUGCAGCUUCUUAGGACUCAAAUCCCGGAGCUUGAACCUUCAAUUGGGUUUUUACUCUGAUAAUGAUAGCUUCCAUGGAGCAGUUGGGCCUUUUCCUAAAAAAACGAGAUUUAGUUGCAGGAAAUUUUCGGUGUCCUGCUCUACUAUUUCUACUGACCCACUGUUAGUUAAGGCUGCUAGAGGAGAACCCAUAAGUCGGCCUCCAGCAUGGAUGAUGCGCCAGGCAGGAAGGUAUAUGGCUGUUUACAGAAAGCUUGCAGAGAAGUACCCAUCCUUCAGACAAAGGUCGGAGACAACUGAUCUCAUUGUGAAAAUUUCUUUGCAGCCUUGGGAAGCCUUCCAUCCUGAUGGAGUAAUAAUUUUCUCUGACAUACUUACACCACUUCCUGCAUUUGGGGUCCCAUUUGACAUAGAGGAAGUCAGAGGCCCUGUUAUUCAGAAUCCUAUUUUUUCAGAGGAGUGCUUGAAGGCAUUGCAUCCGAUUGACUUGGAAAAGCUUCAUUUUGUUGGUGAAUCCCUUAAGAUUUUGCGGCAAGAGGUUGAGGGCCGUGCUGCAGUUCUGGGAUUUGUUGGAGCACCUUGGACAAUUGCCACAUAUAUAGUAGAAGGGGGAACAACUAGAACAUAUACAACCAUAAAGACUAUGUGCCAUAAAGCACCACAUAUAUUAAAAUCUCUUCUCUCACAUUUAACUCAAGCCAUUUCGGAUUACAUCAUUUUUCAAGUGGAGUCUGGGGCUCAUUGCAUACAAAUAUUUGAUUCGUGGGGUGGACAACUACCACCUGAUAUGUGGGAGCGCUGGUCAAAGCCUUAUAUCAAGGAGAUGGUGGAUACAGUAAGGAGCAAAUGCCCUAAGACACCACUUGUUCUCUACAUUAAUGGAAAUGGCGGCCUUCUUGAGCGUAUGAAAGGAACUGGAGUUGAUGUCAUUGGACUUGAUUGGACAGUGGAUAUGGCAGAUGGAAGGGAUCGACUGGGUACUGGGAUUGGUGUGCAGGGAAAUGUAGAUCCUGUUUACCUAUUUUCUCCACUAUCUGCAAUAACUGAAGAAAUUCAAAGGGUUGUUAGGUAUGCUGGGCCACGUGGACACAUUCUAAAUCUAGGACAUGGUGUUCUUGUUGGGACGCCUGAAGAAGCUGUCGCUCAUUUCUUUGAUGUCGCAAGAAGCUUGAAGUAUGACAGUUCUUUCCAUCAUAAUAAAGUGGAGGAACCCAAACUAGUAGUUUGAGAGCAUGAUAUGGUCUAUCCACAUUCAGCAAAUUUGUUCUGCUAUUUGCUAUGCAGUUAUUCAUUGAAUUUCACCUUAUACCAGUAACGUGGCUAAUUGAUCCCCAAUAUCAAGGCCUUCACGUGCUUUUGGGAGCCAUGGAUCAUCAGGCUGAUAAAUCAGGCACUCGUGAAGUGAGGAACAAUCUGGGGGCACAAGAAUUUUUCAUCUAUCUGUAACUGCUGAUACAACGUUAAUUAUUUUAGGUCCCAAAUUCCAGUGGAUGUUUAACUUCUAUGUAAAAACUUCCUAUCAUUUUAUCAAUUUAAGCAGUGCUGAUUGUUUAGACAUCUC